AUGAGUAAAGGUGAAGCUGCACAGUUAUCAGCUAUAUGCAUCCCGUUGUCAAAGCGAGGCGACCUAAAGUAUCCAAUCGGAUUUGAAGCAAACCAGGGAUUCUCACAACUUCGUAGAGCACAAGCUGACGAACAGGCGUUUUUGCCAUUAUGGAUGCACACUUCGAUUCAUCGGAUCAAAUCAAGGUCUACCAGCGUCCGUUUACCGGACUAUAAUCCCCGCAUUCCAAAAGUGUGGUUUCACCGAGUCGAGGCUGUUUUCAAUACCCGACGUGUCACUCUCCGGGCCACCCUCUUUUCUUUUACCGUCCAAGAUCUUCGUAUUGAUGCGACAACGGAAGUAAAAGAUCUAUUGGAAGCUGCCCUCAACGAAGAUCCCCAUGACGAUCUUUGGGUGGCUGUCAUUAGUAGGACAGAAUGA